AUGGAAAUCAAACAGUUUUUGGCUCCACUCAGAUCGGAGGAUGUGCAAUUUCGAGUUCCAGGAUUUUUGGAAAAGCUUCGCGAAUUGACUGAUAAGAACAAAGUUCUCGCGGAAAGAAUUUCUCUUCGUAACGGCCAUCGUUCUGCACUAAUGAAUAUGUAUGAAAACAUUACUAAUAGAGGUGAAGAUGAAGAUCGGUGCUCUGUUGAGAUGUCUUACGAAACUGAGAAGGGUAGUAACAAAUACGACUUGACUGAGUUACAAGAUUUGCGAGGUCGGGCUUUGCUCAUCGCCAAGCAGGAGAUGGCAACUUCCGCUGUGAAGGACAUUCGAGAUCGUUCCGAGUCCGAAGAGGACCGAGCAGGUGUUGUAAUGAUGGAGUUUGUUAAUCAAUUUCGGGCUGUGACGCGUACCUCUAAAGAGAUGUCAGCUAUACUUGGUCAAUUGAAAGAAGACUUGGAAAAGGAAGAGAUUGUGGAAGAUGCGCAAGAAGAUUACUACUAUCUGACCUUUUACCCUGGAAGACAUAUCUUGAAGUUUUAUGACUAUUUCGUUCAAGAUGCGCCAGCGAACAACGAUCUCAGACAAAUUUGCGAAACACUGAUACAUUUCGUGAAUCCCGAUGCUCAACUGCCAUUACCUGGUGAGAUUGUGAAGGUGGAUUCAGACAAAGGAAACUACAAGGAAGUGCUGUGUGAUAUUGGAAGAAGACUUUCCGCAAUCUUUAAGGAUGAGCCUGUUAUCGAAAGAAAGAUUAAGCCUGAUAUCGUAGAACCAGUCGUUUCUGACACUGUACGACCUGGAGAGCUGUUUGUAGCAGCAUGUAAUGACAAGUUUCGGGUUGCAAACAUUAUUAUGUCAUUGUACGCUAACCAUGGCUCAUACCCUGAACCAUGGCAGCACAUAAGAACGUUGCGUGAACAAGAAAAGAAUUAUAAACUGGCAUUAAUAUGUUGCAGAGAGCAUGGUAUCCAUCACCACAUUCUCGACCAAUUUUCAAAUCAUGUCUACAAUACAAUAGGUCUCGAGGAAGCUUCCAUGAAAAAUAUGUACAGAGAACUUUGCCCAAAUGUGGAGUGUAUAUCUUCAGAUCUAUCUGGUCAGGGUAAAACAGAAUAUGUCAAACAAACUUGUAUGAAGGCGAAGUCACUGCCUAAAAAGCGUACUGACAAAGAGUUUGCACCUGAACAUUGUUCUGUUGACAAUACUGCAGAAGUCAACAUGUUUAUUUUUGAGUUUCUUACGCUUGGGAUGAUAUCCAACAAAGUACAUAUUGCUACUCUUCCAAAGCAAGCUAUCUUGAUUGAGAUUGCAUCAACCGUGGAUCAAUAUUUGCUUGAUCCAAUUCAAAUUGUUUGUCGCUAUUUGGACGUCUACACGAAACAAGCGAUUGAUUAUGAUGAUAUCUUUUUCGACGAAACUGUAGCCAAGCAAUUACCAGAAGCACGUUGUCGCGAACUCAUACAACAGUACUUUUUUGCAGAUAAUCCGGAGACAAUCGCGUCUUACCGUUUUGUAGAGAUUUUCGUUAGCGUUCUUGCCGAUCAAUUAUUUCGCUUAUCCUCAAGCUCUUUCUUUCGUGUUGAAAACCUCAAGUUGAUGAUGCGAAAUUCAGAUGUACGAUCAACGCUACUUGAGACUCUAUUACGCGUGUCAAAAGAUUUUGCGACACGCUCGGUUGAAAGCAAAGCCGCACAGCUAGCAUCGACCGCAGCAGACGCGGAUAAUGCUCGAUUGGUCACAAUAGUCAAAUGGGAUGACUCGAAUCAUUUGUUAGUAUUUUUCUUAUCGCAAACACCAGAUCCUAUUUGCGCUCUUUACCGUGAUAGAGCUAAGCCAAAAGCAUCAGAUUGCGCACAUUUAGAAACAUCUAAACUAGAAAACUAUCACGAGAUGACAACUCAAGUUUUGCAAGAACGCCUGGAAUGUAUCACUCGUACAUCGAUGAAGAGGCAAAAUACUGAUAAUCUUAUAAAAAUGGCAUUAAUAUUACUGCGAGCACGUGCGGGCAUACCGGUUGUGACGAGUUUGAUCGGUUAUUUGGCUGAGGUAGUGGGUGUCAAAUUCUGUAACCUCUCACUGCAUGCCGGUAUCGUUGAGAGCCAGAUUCUCAUGUUCAUGAGCGAAGGAAAUAAACUUGCUGGAAAAGGAGAAGUGUGGUUAUUCUUUGAUGAAAUCAACACUUGCAACCACAUUGGUCUUUUGGCGGAUCUCAUAGCUCACAGAACGUUGUUGGGAAAGCCAAUACAUUCAAACAUUCGUAAUGUUAAUGUAGCAGGGCUAGCGAAAAGACGAGUCUAUCAGGAGCAGAGUCAACUCGUUUAUCAAGUGCAUCCUCUUCCUGAUCAAAUUCUUGACUAUGUCAGGGACUUUGGCGUGCUCAAACCCGAAGAUGAACAGGUGUAUAUCAAAAUUAUGCUUGAGAGUCAAGUAAGUAAGGUUGACGUCAUAAGUGAUUUGCUGUUUGAGUCGCAAAUGUACAUACGUAAGAUCGAAGGGCCUCAAAGCGUAAGCUUGCGAGACGUUAGAAGAGCCAUCAAAUUGAUUAUGUGGUUCCAAAAGAGGCUUAAGUUGAUGGAGGAAAGAAAGAAGAGGAAAACCGAAUAUAACUAUGACUGGGGUUAUAACGUUAACAAUUAUCCUCCCAAAGACAAAUACUUUUUCGAGCGUUGCAUUGUUUUAUCAUUGGGACUCUGUUAUCAAGCUCGGCUUUACGAUCAGGGUGAAAGAGAAGAAUACCGUAAACAGAUGGCUCGUAUUUUCGAGAAGCACAAGGAUGGCAUGUCCACCGCCACUGCCCUUAAUGAAGCACUGUUGGAAAAUGUGCUUGUAAUGAUUGUUUGUAUUAUGACGAGAAUUCCAGUUUUUAUUAUUGGAGCACUUGGAAGCAAUAAGACUAAUCUUUGGGGAACUGAUUCUAACGAUGAGUAUUUUAGAAAACUACCACAGGAUCAUCUUCCUCUACAUCUGACGGUAUUCUCCAGAAAGAUACAGAAGUCCAAAUCCGAUACCUUUAAUUUACAGGCAGUAGUUCUUUUAGAUGAAGUUGGUCUAGCGGAAAGGAGUCCAUUUAAUCCCUUGAAGAUUUUACAUGCGCUACUUGAACCUAAUUAUCCUAAGGAUGGACCAGAAGUGUCGGUAAUCGGAAUAAGUAAUUGGAGAUUAGACAAUAGUAAAUCGAGUAGAGCAUUACUGGUUCGGAGACCUCAAUUGAGCAAAAGGGAUCUUGUGGAGACAGCUCUUUCUCUUUUGUUGAAGGGCGAACGCGAAUCAUCAAUUGAUAUGAGCAACCGCAAAAUAAAAAACCUUGCUGCAGCCUACACAGAUUACCAAAAAACCAGAAAUACCCCAACUUCCAUGGUAUAUAUGUGUCUUCGUGAUUAUUAUGCUUUAGUCAAAAGUUUGAACAGAGGGAAACUUACCAUGGAUUCAAUACAAUUGGGCCUCGCACGAAAUUUCGGGGGCACUGAUCAAAUGAAAGCAAUAUGCGAAGAUUACUUUGGAAACGUAUUGAAGGAAUCCGGUAGACUGUUCGAUUACAGCUAUGAUCCAAUACCAGUUGAAAAAUUAAUUAACGAGAAUCUUCACGAGAAAGAUGCCAGACAUUUAAUGAUAAUCGGAAAAAGUGAAUCAAUAGUUAACAUCCUUACUUAUCAUUUGAGGUCACUCGAUAUGGAUCCAAUGGUUCUUCGUGGAUCGCAAUUUCCGGACGAUGCAGAGGGUGACUAUUCUUACGGCGUAUUAAGUAGAGUUAUGAUGUGCGUUGAAGCAGGAAAACCGCUUAUCUUGACUGAUCUGGAUGUUAUAUAUGGUAGCUUGUAUGACUUGUGGAAUCAGAAUUACAUAACACAAGGUAGCAAAGACGAUCCCAAAUAUUAUACAAGAGUAGCUUUGGGAGCUUACGCCAAUCCAAUGUGUUAUGUGCAUCCGAAUUUCAGAUGCGUCCUUGUCUUUGAUAAAAAACUAGUAUAUGACGCAGACCCUCCGCUUUUGAACCGGUUUGAAAAGCAAAGAUUAACUAUUAAUGAUACACUCACGGAAGAGCAAUAUCGUUUAUACCUUCAACUUGAAACCUGGGUCAAGUCUAUAUCAACAAUAAUGGGGAUGGAAGGUAUAAAUACAGCCGGUGGAUUUACCGAAGCAGACCUAUUUAUCGGGUACGACAAGGAUGAAACACUACAGAGUCUUGUGAUUGACGAAUGCAAGAAAAGUUUGACGCGUGAUGAUGAGGAUAUUUUAUAG